UUAAUAAUAAUUAAUUAGAUGUCUUAAGAAGCUACAGCUGCUUAUUCUACCUUUUCUGCAGCGUAUUCUAUUGGGUUUUCAAAGAGACCUGAGAUAUUUUAAGAUAUUGAAUCACCAGGCCCUCAAGCUUAUUUGAAUAUUAAUCUCGAUUUUUUGAAAACAAAAUCACCAUAAUGGAGGAUUUCUGAAUCCAAAAAAGAUUCAAUUUUUGAGGUAACUUAGAAUUUGCCUCCUCCUGGGAAUUAUGAAGUUUAAUCUAGUAUAGGUAAAGGGAUUUCUUAUAGCAUACAAAAUCCUAUCAAGAAAAAGUUCGAUCAAUCUAAGGUUAGCCCUGCAACAUACACUCCAAAUGUUUCAUAUGUAAAGAGAAAUCUACCUUGUGUUUCUAUGACUUCAAGAUCAGUGCCUAUGAUAAAAAAAACAUUUGAAGAAACACCAGGUGUAGGGUCUUAUGAGAUAUCAAAAUAAAAACCUAUUACAAAGGGAUAGCAUAGUAUUUUUGGUACUGCAUAAAAAGAUUCUAUUUAUAAAAGCGAAUAAAUAAAAAACCCAGCUCCUAAUUAAUAUAAUGUUGUUGAUGCUAAUAAUAUCUAAUCUCCUUCUUUUAAAUUUCAGUAAAGCAGGAGAAAAGAAUUAAUAAAUGCAUAGUAUGAAUAAAAUGGCCCUGGUAGCUAUAAUAUCAAUAGAGAUUUUAUACAAAAAAAAUAUUCCAGUUUUACACCUAAAAAUAUGAGAAGCUAAAAUCAAUCUACUCAUUAAAUGCACAAUUAAAGUUAAAAAUCUAAUUUUGGUGAUAAUAAAAGUGAUUCAGUCCCUGGACCUGGUGCAUAUGAGCACAAUCUUCCUAGCUUAUAUAAUAGUUCUUACUUUAAAACUUGUAGAUUUGGAAUGUCUCCAAGAUAAACAGAUAUGUUAACUAACAGAAAUCCUGGACCAGGAGCUUACAAUUUAACAAACAUAUAAUAAAACGAUGAAAGUUAAAAAGAAAAUGCUUCCAAAAAGGUGUAUACUUUUGGUGAAGCCAAAAAAUUGGCAAAUGGUGACUCGUAGUAAACUCCAGGACCUGGGCAAUAUGAUAUCCCAAAUGUAAUUGGUCAAGGUCCUAAAUAUGGAAUUACUAGGAGUUCUUCUAAUUUACCUAGUUUUAUUAAAAAAACUGAUAGCCCUGGACCUGCUGCUUAUGUUUUGAACGAAUCCUAGAUAAGGCCUUCUCCUUUUUCAGUUAAAUUUAAUUCUAAAACCGAAGGAAAUGAGGCACAUAAAUCAUAUAUACCAGGACCUGGCUAAUACGAUUUACCAGAUAAUAGUUUUAGAACUUCUAAAAUAUCUUUUACUUAAAGUGCUUUAAGAGAUGCCUUUAUCAUAAAAGAAGGUCCAGGACCUACCUCUUAUGAAAUAAAAUCGUAGGUAGCUGGAUUACCUGAAUACCAUAAGAAAUAAAUAGAAUAUUUCAAAAAUUAAAUUAAGAUAAUGAGAGAUACAAUGAAAAAUAGUAGUUAAGGUUUACAAUCAUCUAGAUUUUCAUCAUAAAAGUCACAAUCUGUGUAAAAAUCACUAUCUAAUUACAGAGAUAAUACAAAUUUUAUUGAAGAAAAAAAUAUUUGA